GGGUAACGUGCGUCUGUAAAAACACCCCCCUGCUGCCCAUCGCCGCUCCCGGCGUGUCUGCGAGUCCCAGGCCGGCUGGCUUUGCUGACAUCCCCUUAGCGCUCACAGGGGCUGACCCAGUUCCAGGACAGCAAGUACACCCGGAAAUGGAGCGCUAACCAAGUCCCCCAGCCGGAGAGGGAAGGGGGUAGAAGGAAAGAGAGGGAAAGGGAACAUAAGAAAAGGGGGCGAUAAACUCCAAGAGAAGGGCUGCCCAGGGCUGGUACUGUAUCAUCGAGAAGGAUUAAUCUAAAAGGAGGCAGACUGAAAGGCUGCCCUCCCAGACACUGUCAGGGAAACCACCCAAAGUGUAGCCUGUUAGUCUGCUCUCUUGCAGGGUUUUGUUCAGGCUCUGUUAAAGGGAGGUUACACAAAUGUCUUGGUUCAUUUAGUGCUGUGGAAGAUGCAGGGUCUGCAGGGUAGCAGAGGGACCAAGCAAGUGGUAUCUGUGCAGAAGAGCCUGAGGGGACGUCAGCUUCAAAAUGGACUGAAACCCUUUAUAAAAAUCUCCCCAGUUGCCCUGAUCUGAACAACAUCCAUGUGUUACUCUGCCCCAUCUCCCCAGGGAGCUGGGGGAAGUGAAACGACUGCAGGGGAGCUGGCGCAGGGAACUGUUAAUGGAGAUAUCAGGAAAAGGAUGAGGAAGCAGUAAAUUGAGGAAGGCAGGAGGGAGACAUUAACCCAGUGUUGCCAACUCUUGUGAUAAUUGGUGUUUCUCUUAAAGCUCCAGCUUUGUGAUUAUGUGAGAAUCUGUUAUCAUUUAAAACAUGACCUCUAAAGGCUCAAAAAUCAGAAGGCAAAUAAAUUUGUUUUUAAAAAUUACAUGAUAUUUGAACACUUGGGGUAGCAAUGCUUUAAUUAAGAGGGAGAGGCAGCUCUUCAGGACAGGUGAGUGGGAGCAGACAGUGACAGGUGACUGCUUCUGCCCUGCAGCAGCCCAGCAAGGGAACCGCUACACACAGCAAAUGUCUGUGCCAGUGGGGAAAGAUUGUCACCUUCUAUUUCCUCCCUUUGGGAAGGAGGGUCAGAGAUGCCACAUCUCCUUCUGCUCAGGCCUUCCUAGGGGGAGAGAACUGUGACAUUGACCUGUCUGGUUACUCACACACACAGAGUCACUGUCCCCUCCACACCCCAGGCUUGUUCUGUUUUCUGAUGGUCCCUGGUCUCUGCCAGUAAGAUCUCUGCAAGUCGCUUAAUAUUGUUCUCUUUCUAAAUCCCCCAGUUUAUGAAGAGCUGACUCUCCUACUGGGGACACAACACACGUCCUAGCACACAUCUGACUUUAGCACAAGGUAUUUCCCUUCCAUGCAACUGAAAUGUCCCCUGGUAAAGAGAGUCCUGAUCUUGCCCAUUUCUCCUCCCUUGAGCAGGAUUUCCAAUUAUCAAACUGGAGAUGAUCUCCCGCAUGGAACAGAAGGAAGAGCCGUUGAUCCCCUCUCUCCAGGGCUACGAGGAAACAGCGAUACCAAAUGGCACAGGUGAUGGGAUUGUGAGUGAGAAUGGGGAGGAGAAUCUGCACCAGGACAGUCAUGAGUCAGUGGAACCACAUGACACAUUAUCAGGAGCAUCCCAAAGGAAUAUUUCCCAGAGUCCUGAGCAGGGCAAAGCCUGUGAGGGUCAGCAUAGAUCAGAAAGGCAUCAAAGAGCUCCUCCAGGGAAGAGACGAGGUAAAUCAACUGCAUGUGAAAUAGGUUUUAGGAAACUGCCAGACAUUAUCCACCUGGGAAAUCCCAAGAUGGAGAAACCAGUAAUAUGUGAUGACUGUGGGAAAAGCUUCCGGCUGAGAUCAAACCUCAGACAGCAUCAAAGGAUUCACACCGGAGAGAAACCCUUUGGAUGUGCCGAGUGUGGGGAAAGUUUCCGGCAGCGCUCGCACCUUAUUCAGCAUAAGACAAAGCACACGGGGGACAGACCCUAUGAAUGUACCGAGUGUGGGAAAAGCUUCAGUAUGAGCUCAAAACUCAUUCGGCAUCAGAUAAUCCACACAGGAGAAAAACCCUAUAAAUGUGGUGAGUGUGGCAAGAGCUUCAUUGGGAACUCACAGCUUAUCCUGCACCAGAGAGUCCACACAGGUGAGAGACCCUACAAAUGUGGUGACUGUGGGAAGAGCUUCAGUGUGAGCUCAGCUCUUACUCAACAUCAGAGAACACACACUGGAGAGAAACCUUAUGAAUGUGCCGAGUGUGGGGAAAGCUUCCGGCAGCGCUCACACCUUAUUCAGCAUCAGAGAAUCCAUACAGGUGAGAGACCCUAUGAGUGUUCCAAGUGUGGGAAGAGCUUCAGUGUGAGCUCUGCCCUCAUUCAGCAUCAGAGAUUCCACACUGGGGAAAGGCCUUAUGAAUGUGCCGAAUGUGGGAAAAGCUUCACAGUGAGCUCACACCUAAUUCAGCACCGGAGAGUCCACACAGGGGAAAAGCCCUAUGAAUGUGCUGACUGUGGGAAAGGCUUCCUUUGGAGAUCAGCCCUUCUUCGACAUCAGAGAAUCCACACAGGGCAGAAACCCUAUGAGUGUACCGAGUGUGGGGAAAGCUUCCGUCAGAGCGCACACCUUAUUCAGCAUCAGAGAAUCCACACUGGGGAGAGACCCUAUGAAUGUGCCAACUGUGGGAAGGGCUUCACUGUGAGCUCUGCCCUCAUUCGACAUCAAAGAAUCCACAUGGGAGGGAAACCCUAAAAAUGGGCUGAAAGCUUCAUGUCAGAUAUCCCUCCAGAGUCUCCCAAUAGAUAGUAGCCAGGCAUGUUUCUUGCUUUGAGUCCAUAAGGCUCUUCUCUUUUCACAGAGAAUGAAAAAUGCCUUGUUGAGGAUGGUCAAGUUAAACAAAGAGGAAAUGUUGGUGCAGGGAGAUGAGUCACGUAGGGGCCUGAGGUGUGGAGAGGAAUGUAUGCUGGGAGCCAGAGCCAGAGACCAGGAGGGGCUGUGGGCAGAGGGAGGAUGGAGCAUUUGGAGAGAAAAGAGAAGCUGUUAGUAUAAUUGGAGAGAAGUCCCCCAUGAGGACCAGGGCUGGAACUAACAAGGACUGUGCCAGGGGAAAGGACUGGGCCCAGUAUCAUUGGUUCGCCAUGUGGAGAAGCAGGAAGGGGUAGCGAUCCGAGGGCUUGAUGAGUCUCGGCAGUCUCUCCGUCAUAUCAUGAAUCCUAGCUCCAGACAAGCAGCACACCUCUCGGUUUUCCUGGUCAGAAUGGCAGAUAGAUGACUCAGUCCCCCUUAUGAUCUUGGGAUCUUGGUAGGAUUUAUCAAAUGAAGAUCUCAAUCCCUUUUGUUUCAAUGACUGAAUUCCCAGAUUUUUGGUCAUCUGUUAUAAAUUUCAACUUUGCCAGUAUUCCAAGACUAUUUCCAAAUAGUUUUGGUGGAAGCAGGUGCUAUUCCUGUACACAGAUGCUCAGAUUUCCUCCCAAUAAAUGCUGCUAUACUGUCAAUGACAGACAGUAUAGAAGUAUUGCCUUCAGAGGUGAAAGUAAGCAGGUCCAGUAUGGUACGGUUUACUGGCAAGAGCCAGUACACAGCCAACCAUACUGGCAGGGGGCAGCUUCCCCAGGCGGGCAAUUUAAAAGGGCCCUGGGCUCCCAGCAGUGGCUGGAGCCCCUGGCCCUUUAAAUUGCCACCAGAGCCCCAGGGCACCCAGCUGCUGUUGCAGCUACAGCUACCAUGGGGCUCCAGCAGUGAUUUAAAGGUCCCCUUUUAGUUCUGCCACGCCUGCCCUCAUUAUGAAUAAAAUACUGUAUGAAUGGGACUGACUUCCUCAUAUAUGGAAUGUGCUAUAAGCUAGGAAACCAUGAGUUCUAGUCCCAGCUGUUCUGUUAAUAUAUCUGCAUAUUUCACAACUGUUUUGAGGAGAGACAACUAUUAUGUAUCUGUUUCAUUGUGAUGAUAACUGAGAGCUUGCACAAUGUCACUUCAGGCAGAGAUGGGAAUAAAAACCAGGUCUCUGUUAUGACAGACCCAAAUAUUUCCACUUUGCCACAAUGCCUCUCAGAAUGAGCAUGCCAAAACUGUGCUUGGCUAUCUCUAACCACUAGACUGUAGUUUUCAUAUAUUAAUAAAUCAAGGCCUGAAGGGACAUUAUGAUCAUCUCAGUCUGACUUCUUGCAUAACACAGGCCAAAGAACCUCACCUAGUAAUCUUUGCAUCAAACCUAUAACUUGUGUUUGAGCUAGAGCUGAUGUUUUAGAAAGAAUCUACCAUGUCCCUAGGUAAGUUAUGCCAAUAGUUAAUUAACUUCAUGUUAAAAAGGUGCACCCUAUUUCUAGUCUGAAUUUGUCUAGUUUCAGCUUCAGAAUGGAUCUCAUUCUGCCUUUUUCUGACAGAUUGUGUGGUGUAUUGAAAAUUGUGUUAAAAUUAUAACAUAUCACUUUAAAUUCUCAGGAGUUUUCCUGGUCCUGCUUGCAGGUUAGUAGUGGUUGUGAUGUUGCACUCCAUAUGUUUAUGGAAAUAUGCUUAUGAGUGUGAAUGUAAUAUAACUGGAAUAUGCUUUACACAAAAGG